UCCGUCCUCGGGCCCCCUCCCUGGAGCCUCCCUUAUUGGCGCAGACCCCGCCACGGUCUCGGGGUUCCGAGCACGUUCAUGGAACUUUAGGGCCUGGACAUUGGACCCGAGUCCGGCCGGUGAGCGCAGCGGGAGCUGCUGGCUGGGAAAAGGAAGAUGUCCGUACUCAAGCGGGUGAUGCGGGUCUCCAAUCGCUCCCUCCUCGCCUUCAUCUUCUUCUUCUCCCUCUCCUCGUCUUGUCUCUACUUCAUCUAUGUGGCUCCGGGCAUCGCCAAUACAUAUCUCUUCAUGGUACAAGCUCGAGGUAUAAUGUUGAGAGAAAAUGUGAAGACGAUAGGACAUAUGAUCAGGCUGUACACAAACAAAAACACUACCCUCAACGGUACAGAUUAUCCUGAAGGCAAUAAUUCAAGUGAUUAUCUUGUUCAAACAACAACAUACCUUCCGGAAAACUUCACCUAUUCACCGUAUCUCCCGUGUCCAGAAAAGCUGCCUUACAUGCGGGGAUUUCUCAGUGUUAAUGUAAGUGAAGUCAGUUUUGAUGAAAUUCAUCAACUCUUCUCCAAGGAUUUAGAUAUUGAGCCAGGAGGGCACUGGAGGCCUAAAGACUGUAAGCCCAGAUGGAAGGUGGCAGUUCUCAUUCCUUUUCGUAAUCGCCAUGAACAUCUUCCAAUUUUUUUCUUGCACCUCAUUCCAAUGCUCCAGAAACAGCGUCUGGAAUUUGCCUUUUACGUCAUUGAACAGACUGGCACACAGCCUUUUAACCGGGCGAUGCUCUUCAACGUGGGCUUCAAAGAGGCCAUGAAAGACAGUGUCUGGGACUGCAUCAUCUUCCAUGACGUGGAUCACCUACCAGAAAAUGACCGCAAUUACUACGGCUGUGGAGAGAUGCCGCGCCACUUUGCCGCAAAGCUGGAUAAAUACAUGUAUAUUCUUCCAUAUAAAGAAUUUUUUGGUGGUGUCAGUGGACUGACAGUGGAACAAUUUAGAAAGAUCAAUGGCUUCCCUAAUGCUUUCUGGGGCUGGGGAGGAGAAGAUGACGACCUGUGGAACAGAGUUCACUAUGCUGGAUAUAAUGUAACCAGACCAGAGGGAGACAUAGGAAAGUACAAGUCUAUUCCUCAUCACCAUCGAGGGGAAGUCCAGUUUUUAGGACGGUAUAAGUUACUAAGAUAUUCUAAAGAGCGCCAGUACAUCGAUGGGCUGAACAAUUUAAUAUAUUCGCCAACAAUUCUGGUUGACAGAUUGUAUACGAAUAUAUCUGUAAACCUCAUGCCAGAGUUAGCACCAAUCGAAGACUAUUAGAAAGCGUUGCCCUCCUGGCCAGCCAGAACACACUGCUGGAACCUGAGUGUGCUGUGCACUUUCUCGGGGUGCACGUGUCAGCACCCUGUCCUCGGACGAGGGACAAGAGCCGCGGUCCUCCUGGCACUUAACAGCCUGCACCUGGAUCCAGUCGCCCUCCUUCCUCCCCGGGGCAUACCCCCAUGGUGAGCACUGCAAACCCAGAAGCCUUUGCUUAAGAUCGGAAGUUGAGAGCUCCCUACAAAGAACAUUUUUAUACUGAAAUCUAUAAUUUAAGAGAAUGCUUUUAUUUCCGUUUAAACAUUUUGUACAUAUGUGAUGUAAAUUAGUGUUCAGAUUGUUGUUGAAAAAUGUGUUGCAGUUUUGCAUGUAAUCAGCUAUGCCUUUAUUGGACUUUUAUAGAUUUUUUUUUUUAAUUGCAUGAAGAAGACCACUAAAUUUAUGUCACUCAACAGAGGUUAACCCUUGUGUGAAAUGAAGGAACUGUCAAUAACUGACAACCAGCUAAUAUAGUAAACUGUUCAACUAGUUUGGAGCUUUAGACCUUCAGAGAAGUCACGCUUUCUUAGGGCUUUAAAGGGAAAGAAGAAAAGACUUAAAAAGCUUUUCUUCCUACCAGCUUUUAAUCCUACCAGGAUUACCUAUUUUUUUAUUUUCCUUGCUUGCAAUCCCAUCAGAUUUUGCUGAAUCACAAUCAUAUCAUUUAUGCAUGAGUAUUACCAAGAAAAUCCUAAAAGUUGUGAUGUGACCUGAUAUAAAGGACCUCUGUGUUAAAUGUCUCCUGUACCUCUGGUUUUACAUCAGGGAUUUUGUGCCUCGAACCAGGUGUUCCCAAGGUCAUGUUUGUAUAUAUUUUUUUCAAUUCAUAGUGAACACUUACCAUUUUUAGUUCAAAAGCCAAAAACUUCUUAGCUUUUUGUUGUUGUUUAAGAUCGAACUAGGGGAAACUCCAUAUUUAACAAUAUUCAAACACUAUUAGAUAAGAAAUGCUCAGUUUUAAGAAGAUAAAAUUUGUUCUCGCUAGGCAUUUAAUUAUCCAAUUUACAGAAUUUCGCUUUUGGAAAGAACCUUUAAAUGUCAACCAGUUUUCAAAUUACGAAAAAAAUUUCACUUUUAAGAUCUGAUGUUAUUGAACUGUCCUCGCUAAAAUAUACUAUCUUAAAACACUUGAAGUUACUGAAGUGCACUCAGCACUUCAGAAAACAAGUCUGGUCAUGUGACAUUCUUGGUAUCAGAUGCUUUCCAUGACAAAACCAAACACUUCAAAGUUAAUAUUUGAAAUAUAUAUUUCAAAUUGUAUCUGAAGUGAAUCAGCAAUAAUGAAAAAUAGAAAUCUGUAUGAGCUGUUUUGGAUAACAUUUGCCUCUUGAGUAAUUAAACUAAAAACUUAAAACUGCAACAUGAGGCAAAUAUAAUAAUCAUUUUCUAUGGCAGUUGUAAGAAAUUACCACAAACCAAAUAAUAUGUGGAAAUUCCUAUUCUUUCAGAAAACUAAUAACCUCUGUUCAUGUUCAAAUUUUAGUGAAAAAAUCAAACCUUCUCAAAAUUAAGAUACCAGCAUUUAAUUUGUGUGUCCGUUUUCUGUCUCAUCACAUGUAGUGUAAUUUGGUGAGAAAAAAUGGGAGUGUUAGCGCUUGUUGACCACUGCCAAGACAGUCGGGGCAUAGGAGCAGAAUGACCCGGUGGGACUGCCAAGGUCUCCAUGGGGCCAGACCCAGACUCUUCCGAAUCCUCAUAGGGAAGUACACUCUCUCCCUGUCAGGAGGAGCUGUGCACUUUUGGUAUUUUUAAUUUUAUUAUGCAUUUUGCAGUGCCAGGAAAACACCAUUAGUGUUUGCCUUAUUUUCUUGGGGGGGGGGAGGAGGGUUAAUGACAUCUUUCAGAAUGGGACAUCAGUAUUUUUCUGUUUAAUAGAAUCUAUCCUGUGAAAACCACCUCACCAGUUUGCUUUGUGUUUGAUUUACUUUAAGUGCAAACUUGAAAGUUUUGUGUAGAGUGACCUUCACAUGUUUCCGUUAAGAGCGACAAAGCUUUACCCAGCUGUCUUCAUUGUAUACAGUAAAUCUAUUCCAAAAAGAGUAACAAAUGCAUUAUAAGUACAAAGAAUGGAUUUGAUAAUAUUGAUCGUCUAUUGUCAGGUGAAGUGCCAGGUAUGUUUUUCAUUUCUGAAGAAGCUAAGCGAGACCCUUCUGCAAUUAUAAAGAUAUCUGAUAACAUGUUAUAUUUCCUAGUGUCAAGGUCAAGAAACCUAUUAUGUGGUGACUUAGAGCUAUUAGGUCCUUGUGGCACUAUGAGGAAAGUUAUGUAGUGCCUUUCAGCUAGGGACAUAAUGGUUGAUGGGUCUGUUAGUACAAGAAGGGAGGGGGGAGUGCAUACGUUAGCUGUAGGUUGUUUCUGAUGCAUAGUGGAGGGAGUCAUUUGAGUCUUAAGGCUAGGAUGUAUCGAUUAGUAAAAUUUAAGUUUGUAUAUUGUGAAGAGGUUGUUUGUAUGAAAUCUUUACCAUAUUAUUUAAAGACAAAACUAUGUAUUAAAACCUUUCCCAGCCAAGAUACUGAUAUUUUAAUACAAAAUGGGAAAAUAUCCGAUACAGUGUCUCCUUUUGGAGGCUUCCUUAAAGUGAAAGCAGAUUUUUGUCUCAUUUUACCUUUGCUUGCCUGUUACGUUUCUGUACUUUUCAGAUAAAUACUCUAGAUUUAUUGCCUUGGAUUUGCAAAUAUGCCAGUUGAGAGAACUAAAAUGGUCAUAGCGUUUAUCAGAAAGAGGAGUUGUACUUAAGAUUUUAUUUAUUAAAAUAUGAAAGACUUCUACAUACAUGCACUGAAAUAAAUGCUAGUAAUUUCUUGUACUCAUAUUUUUUUUGCUUCUCAUGGAGAUGUUUGUACUUUUUUAUCAUUGUCUUUUAUGAAAUAUAAUGUUG